CAUUUUGCUAGAAAACGAUCAUUUACUUUGUGGAUCAUCUGUUGAAAGCUGGAACUCCUGGGGCGCCUGGGUGGAGGUCACAACAGAUUUUGGCAGGUCAUGGAGCAAGUAUGGCCCAAUUUAUGUUGAAAAUGAACCUCUGAGUGUGAUUCAACCAGUUCCUUAUCAGACUGCAGAUGGGAAAUUACGUGUUUUACUACGAUCCUCUGAUGGCAUUGGUAGAGUAUGUAUGUCAGAAUCAUCUGAUGGUGGCAAGACUUGGGGAUAUGCAAAACCUACUCAGCUCCCUAACCCAAAUUCAGGUAUUGAUGGGGUUAAGCUUAGAGAUGGCCGUUUAUUGCUUGCUUAUAAUACUACAUCAAGGAGUAUGCUUAAAGUUGCACUCUCUGAGGAUGAUGGUGAUUCCUGGUCCGAGGCUCUCAAAUUGGAGGGUACAUUGGGAAUGGAAUUCUCGUAUCCUGCUGUUAUCCAGGCUAGUGAUGGGCGAAUUCAUAUUACCUAUACAUAUAAUAGGACACAAAUUAAGGGGAAACUCCACAAGCUCAGUAGCAGGUAGUUUAGGCAAUAACAACAACGGCUACAUAAAAGGGUCUGUUGUGGAGGAAUUCACUUUUCCUGCAAAGUCAGCUCCCUUCAAUAGUUGCCAUGCUUCUACCAUUGUUGAGGUUGGGAAGGAUCACUUUUUGGUUGCCUAUUAUGGGGGCACAUCGGAGGGGGCACCUGAUGUCAAAAUAUGGUUGCAGACUUACAAGAAUAGCAGAUGGCAAUCACCUGUAAUUGUUGAUGAAGAACCAAAUGUUCCUAUGUGGAACCCUGCAAUGUUCAAACUACCAUCAAAUGUGUUACUGAUGUUCUACAGAAUAGGCCUAGAUGUUCAAAAAUGGAGUGGAUUCAUGAAACGCUCAUAUGAUAAAGGAAUUACCUGGACAGAAAGAGAACAACUUCCUCCUGGUAUAUUAGGACCUAUAAAGAAUAAGGCUCUCUUGCUGAAAAAUGGUGACUUACUUUGUGGAUCUUCUGUUGAAAGCUGGAACUCCUGGGGAUCAUGGGCAGAGGUUACAACAGAUUUUGGCAAGACAUGGAGAAAGUAUGGCCCAAUUCACAUUGAGAAUAAGCCUCUUGGUGUAAUUCAACCAGUACCAUACCAAACUGCAAAGGGGACACUGCGUGUUUUGCUUCGAUCUUUUACUGGCCUUGGUAGAGUUUAUGUGUCAGAAUCCUUUGAUGGUGGCAAAACUUGGGGGUAUGCAAAGCCUACACAGCUCCCCAACCCAAACUCAGGUAUUGAUGAAGUUAAGCUGAGAGAUGGCCGUCUAUUGCUUGCUUAUAAUACAAUUUCAAGGGGUGUGCUUAAACUUGCCCUCUCAGAGGAUGAUGGUGAUUCCUGGCAUGAGGCACUUACAUUGGAGGAUACCUUGGGAAUGGAAUUCUCAUAUCCUGCUGUUAUCCAAGCUAGUGAUGGGCGAGUACAUGUCACCUAUACAUAUAAUAGGACACAAAUAAAGCACGUUGUUGUUACUUGUUAGGCUAAGGUGAUGCAGCUAGGCCAAAUUUUUUCAGAUAGGUAAGCAGAAAAAGCAAGUACUUCAUGUCUCCAAAACGUAUGGCCUUUUCCUAUCAGCAAUUACGGAUAAAUAACGCAAUUACUUCUAGGGAGUUUGCAGGAGUAAUAACUUGACAUGUAAUUUUUUUGCUGUGUUUGAUGCUGAUUAGAACAUGUAGAGGACGAUGCCCUUCACAAAAAAAUUUAGAUAGGAUCAUAAAAAUAAUCUUGCUUCGGUU